UAAUUUAAAGAUGGCAGUAGUAUUAAGCUCAGUGUAAUCUGUUCCAAGAUGUCUGUCGCGGCAUUGGCACGUCGCGUUUUCGGUCAACAAAUAUCUAAUUUCGUUGAUUUAACGGUUUCGGCGGUGUCUCAGGUGCCAAGAAGAUAUAAAUGGAAACUUGUGAAGUUACCGGAAAUAGGUACCGGUAAAGCGUUCCGAAGAAUCGUCCAUUUCAAAGAUGAAUACACGGUAGAACCCUUGAAGGUUACGAAUCUAGGAGGCAGGGAUCCUGCCACAGGCAGAGUAGUAGUCAAGGGUAUCGGGGGUGGCAUAAAGCACAAGUUUCAUUGGAUCAAGUGGAUCAGAGAUGGACCCAAGGACCUUAAUGUACCGCCAAAAGAAGAAAAAGUCUUAGACAUCUUUCAAGACGGUUGCAGAACGAGUUACGUCGCGUUAGUCGGUACCGGUCGUGAACUCAAGUACAUUUUAGCUACAGAAAACAUGAAGCGGGGCGACAUAAUACGUACUCAUCAGGGAAUACCGCGUAAUACCGUAAGGCCCUCGGAGGGAGAUGCUUAUCCUCUUGGUGCUUUACCCAUAGGAACCAUUGUUAAUUGCGUAGAGAAGUAUCCGGGAUUGGGUGGAUUCCUAAUUCAUUCUGCUGGUACCGCCGGAACCCUAGUAAGACGAGACGGAGAUCGAGUGGUAAUACAAAUGCCCAGCAAGAAGCUUUUCAGUCUGCACGAGAUGUGCAUGGCUACGGUCGGACGAUUAUCGAAUGUCGAACAUGGUUCUACACCGAUUGGUAGUAUACAGAAAAAUCGGGAAUUGGGCAAUCGACCGAGGAGCGGUCUAUGGCAACGUAAAACUGGUAGAUUUGGUCGUAAAAUCAAACCGCCUCCUCGUGUACAGCGUGUCGGCGACGAAAAAUGUAAAUUUCACGAAGUGCUCGUUUUUAACAGCUACCACAAUGCUUAAACUAUUUCGUGGAUAAAAGUUGCAGUUAUAAGUUGAAAUACAUAAUAAAAAUUCGUCUCGAAAC